CGACAGUUCCCUGCGCAACACUAUAUUGAGCUGUGCAAUAUAGCAGUCGUUAGCAUCUUGGCGAUGGGGUAUGAGUGAGAUUGGAGCUCUGUUUAUAACCGCAGGAGAUCAGACAAAUGGAGGGCCCAUAGCCUCGCAUCUCUCGACCUCGAUUGCAACCACCGCCGCCACCACCACCACCACCAUGGCCUGGGAACUUCUAUCCUCGUGGCUCUUCGCUCUUGCAUCCCUUAUUCUCAUUCUGUCCGAAAUCCAUUUCACCAUCAAGUCCUACAAAGUCUCCAAAUACCUUCCACACCCUCUCGCCAGACUCUCCCAGUGCCACCAGAUCCUCAAGGACUUUGUAAGUGGUGUCACGGCGUGAUCCCCUCAGGGUUUCACAUCGCUUAUCGGGCAGUCCAAUGGCAAAUUCUAUCGCCCCUGGGCUCCCGAGCCUAUCCUGGUCGAGCCCACCAGGAAAAGGAUGACGGAGCUCAGCGAGACCCCUGUGCUCUCGCAGCGGGCCGUCUACGCAGACAUGUUUCGCUUCCAGCAUACCAUGAACAUCGCUCACCACGAUGAGGUCAAGAUCAUGCGGUCGCGGUCGCGGCUCUAUGCCCUGAUCUUGAGUGUGCGGGGGCCUGCUCAGCUUGCGAAGCUGUACCCGUAUCUCCAAGAUAGGCUGGAGCGGUUCUUGGAUGAGGAACUCUACCCGGCCCAGGUGCUGGCGGAUGGAUCCGUUUGUGUCUCACUCGCUGAGACGUGUCGGGUCAUGGCGUCGCGGCUAAUGGCCAUGAUGUUUUUUGGGGAGGAGCUGACGGCCGAUCCUGCCUUCAGCAAAGCCGUCUACAACCAUCCGCAGCAAACCGUUAGAUGCAUGGCACUCUUCCAGCUGGUGCCCCGCGUUAUGACCCCACUCGUCAACGCCCUCAUAACCCACCGCGGCGCAGCCAUGAAACUAAUCCUAAAUCGCAUCACCCCGGUGAUUGACAGCGAAACUACGAACUGGACUGAACCAACAGGCCUUAAAGAACUCACCCUCCUAGACAUCUUCAUCAAAGAGACCCAAUCCACCCGCGACUACUGGACCGCCGAGACGCUCACACGCGCCCUUAUGGGCCUUCUGCUAGCAGCCUCGCACCAACCAUGGGUCAACCUAUACAUCUUCAUCUACCGACUCUGCGCGAGCCCAGAGUGGCAAGACAUUCUGCGAGAGGAAAUCGCCGCGGCGCAGCCCCUGGAUUACGACCGACUCGACCACCUGCCCCUCCUGGACAGCUUCAUGCGGGAAACCGCGCGUCUGGUCUCGUUGGAUAAAUUGAAUAUUCGUCGCAAGGCCCUGCAGGAUUAUACAUUUGCUGGCGGAAGCCCCCACGUUCCUAUCGGUGCCACUGUCUGUGUCUCGUCGUAUAAUGUGUCGCAUAAUGCGAGCACAUAUCCGGACCCGGAGACCUUUGAUGGUCGCCGCUUCGUGGAUGGAAAUCAUCAGGAUUCUACGCAUCGGUAUUCUGAUAUUUCUGAGCAGUAUUUGAUUUGGGGGUAUGGGUCGUUGGCUUGCCCCGGUCGCUUUCACGCCACCCUCGUCUUGAAACUGGCGAUGGUCAAUUUUCUGACCCGGUAUCAGAUGCGGCUCGCGGACUCGAAGAUGCGCAGUCAUUGGAUGUAUGAGGCAUUCAGCAUGCCGUAUGAGUCGACUAAAGUGAUUCUCACGCCAAGGGCGGUGGUGAGGUCGAAGCCAUGAAAUGGGUGUCGGGGUGGAGGGUUAAGGGAGCGGGACGUCUCAUCGGCAAGAUGGUGAUGGGUGUGUUGUUAGGCGCCGAUGACGGGGAUGACGAAAUAUAUAUUUAUGAAUGAGAUGAGAUGAUCAUGAUAUCUUCAGGCAUCGAGCCACGCUCUGCAGAACUGUUUCUUCGCUCCGGGGAUAUUAAUUUGCAAAUAUACAUCGAUGAUGUGCGAAGAUAUAUAAUUGUUUUGUACAAUAAGUAAGGCGGCAUGGGUGGCUCCACGACCGGGUUUACGCAGACCUUUUUCCAAAAAUUGUAUCGAGC